CUUUUAUUGUAUAUUAGCGAUUUUAAUAGACAGCCUGUCCAAUAAAACUGUUAUGCACGAAAAAAGUAUUACAUAAGUAUCACUCAAAAUAUAAAAUAAGUGUCAUUAUAUUCCGUAUUGAUGUCCCUACCAGAGCAAAUUGAAAUAGCUCUGGUCCCGACCCUUCUACGCAGGCAGUGGUCCAGACUCCAGCCCCCGGGGUAUCAUAGCAACCACAACAAACAGUAGUAAAGAUGGCGACUCCAAGAGCAAUAGAAGCUGCUAAAUAUCUAGAAAGGCACAAAAUUGCCGAACUCAUGAACAACCUGACGAGCAGUUUGUUAUUUAACAGACCAGAGGAUCCGAAAGAUUUUCUCAUUGACUACCUCGGGCAGCUGAAGGACUCUAAAGAUAACCACACACAGGGGCCCUGUCUUUUUAAUGAGUCCAACUUGGACUCCGUAUUUGGAAUCCUAGACCCAACUAAUGAGGGAUACGUCUCAUAUGACCAAUACAAGGAAGCAUUGAUCACUUUAGGGGUAAGCAAAAUAAACGAGCGUCCGGAGGGGGGAGAUCACGAUAGAAUAUCGCGCGAGACGUUCAAAGUAGAAGCGAGGAAAGGUCUACAGAAGAGCUCAGCAACAUACGAAGAAUCUUGCAAUUAGAUGUUGUGUUUUUGGGUAAUGUUAUGCUGCUCUUUGAAGAUGUUGGUUCGGUUCUAUGUUAAGUUUAUAACUGCAAUGUGAUAUUGUUGUCAAAUCAAUAAUAAUAAAUGAUUAAAGUACGUCAAGAUAAAUUGUUA